GAUGGCCGUAAAAUACUGUUGCGUACAAAACUGUCACUCGUGUUCCACCCGAAACGAGGACAUCGGUGUGACAUAUCACAAAUUCCCAAAAGACACAACUAUUCGUGAUAUAUGGAGUAAAGUAACACGUCACACAAAUACAGAUUUGUCACUACCAACAUAUGUAUGCUCGAGACAUUUCUGUAAGACAGAUUUUCAGAUUUAUAAGGACAGUAAAUAUGUCCUGAAACCAGACGCAGUACCAUCAAUAUUUCCAUGGGACAUGGCUGACGAAAAUUCAAUAGGGACAGAAAAAAUGGAGACGGGUGAUGGAAAAAACGAAAAACUAAAUGGUGAAGGAGAUGUCACAGUAAAUUUAAAUAGUAGUAAAGAAUCUGAACCGGAGAAUUUGGAUGCUAUUAAGAAGUUUAUUGAAGAUCAAGAGAAAAAGCUUAUUGAAGAAAAAGAGGUACCAAAAAGUGUUGAAGAUGGUACUGAAAGUAUGGACAAUGAUGCAAACAAUGAAAAUAAUGCUGUAAAAGCUGAAGUUACGUGUAGUGAUAUUAUAACUAAUGACGAACAAGGCUCAUUACUUACUAAGGAAAAUGAAUUAGAAAAUAACAAUAUAGAGAAGGAUCUGGAAGAUGAAACAAUGGCAGUAGCUAGUAGUGUUAUGGACAUGAUUCUGACUGAUUCCGAAGCUAAGAUUGCUCAGAAAAAAGUUAAACCACUUACUAAAGACAGCAUUAGUGCUGGAGAGAAAGGUAAUAAUAGCAUGUCCCUUUCAGUGGGAUCUAAAGUGGAGGCAAAGGACUUUGCCGAGUCCUGGCAUCCCGCUCAAAUAAUGGAAGUAGACUAUGACGAAAUGGAAGUCUUGGUACAUUAUGAAAAUAAAAUGAAUAAGCACGACGAAUGGAUAAACGUUAGCAGUCCUCGGCUAAGACCAAUAGGUUCAAAACCAACUACUCCAGCUCCGAUUACACCUAGCACAGAGCUGAUACCGCCACUCAAUACCGAAGUGCCAAUAGCGCAGGUUAAAGAGGAACCUAAAAAUGAGGAAAAACCAAAAGUGACGUUUUUUGUUGGUGAACGAUGCUUGGCCCGGUGGAGGGAUAAUAGACGUUUCAUUGCAACAGUUCAUGAAGAUUUGGGUGAAGGAAAAUACGAAAUAAUGUUCGAUGAUGGAGUGCGUUGGACAUGUACGACGACUAGACUCUCAAAACUAAAAGAGCCUAUGAAAAGAGAAUCUCUAACCAUUGAUACUAAUCUUCCAUCAACAUCAUCUACUCCGUCACCUGUUGAUGGUCUUGGUCCUGGAACCACAGCUCCUUCAACUGCCUCUGUACCUGCAUUCCACACCCAUCUCUUCGACCCUACUAGAGACUAUCUAAGUUCCAAAAGUGAGCGUCGUGAAAUGAAGAGAAAACUCAAUGUGAAGGAGCUAUUUAAUAUUGGACAAAAGAAGAAAAAAGUUGAGACUCCAAAUACGUCGAAAAAAACUCCAAGUUCGUCGAACAGGACUUCAAGUACAUCGAACAAGACUCCAAAUACGACGAACAAAACUCCAAGUACGUCGAACAAGAUUCCAAGUACGUCGAGCAAGACUCCAAGUACGUCGAACAAGACUCCAAUCACGUCGAACAAGACUCCAAGUACGAUAAAUAAGACUCCUAAAGUGGCGAAAUCCAGUGAAAAGAAAUCAAAAGUUAUAAAGAAGAAAAUUAAAAUGGAAUCUGUAGAUGCGGAGGUGAAAAAGGAAAUUCCUGAUGCUGUAGCAUCAAUAAUUGGCACAGUAGAUACAACCAAAGAAGAGCCGGGAUCAUCUCUGGAGGUGAAAGAAGAAAUUAAGAUUGAAACUCUGAACGACUCCAACAAGGACUUGAAUGUGUCAGUUGAUAUGGCGAAUAGUGAGACAUUAAGUGCUCCCGAGACUCAAGAUAUUAAACACGAGAAUGAUGUGACUGAGGAAGAAAAACUAGAGAAAUUCGAAAAGUCCGACAAUGCAGCUCACGAAGAGGUCAUCGACCGAAUUAAGGAGGUUAUUAACAAACUCGAGGGUGGUCUAAACGCAGUCAAUACCGAGUCACCUACACCUACCACUAGUGUUACUACUACAACAAUUGCUGCUGUAAAAGCUGAAGUUAAACUUGAAAUUCCAGAACCAGAUCUGAAAGAACCCAAAAUAAAACAAGAAAGAAAGAAAAACUUUCCAAAGGUAAAGAAAGGUAAAAAGCUUAGGUUGUUACAGGAGAAAAAGGUAAAGAAACAAGUGGAGAAAGUGAAAUGUGAGUUGGAGGAGAUGAAGAGGCAAGUCGAGGAGAUGAGGAAGGAGAUGCUUCAGAAAACGGAGGAGCUGGCGAAGAGUAAGAGUACGGAGAUGCCGGAUAGCUUCUUGCUGCCGGGUGAGUGGUGCUGCAAGUGGGUGAACGGACAGCCAGUAGGAACCGUCAGCGAGAUUGAAUACGAAGGGAAGAUUGACAGUGCCAAGAACGCGCUGCCCAGGCGAAGUGUCCAGGUGGAGGAUAAGCGAUUGCCGCCGGGAUGGACCAAGCACAUGGUGCGCAGGAGUUUCGGCCACUCUGCCGGGAAAUGGGACGUUGUUCUCCUCAGCCCUGAAGACCGCCGAUUCCACACUAAAACCGACAUGCGAGUAUACCUAGAAAGCAAACCAGAUCUUACUUUAAAACCGUUUGAACAUGCUCUCAUGGACUUCGGGGUACAUUUGAAACUGUCCCGGCGCAUGGGAUGGUACACAGUGACACCUAGUGGCGAACAAGAAGGACCUAUGAUGUUGCCGUCUGGUACUUUGUGUACGACAUCGCCUAUUGUAAAGAGGAAAAAAUUGAGCCUAAAGAAAUUGGGUAAGGACAAGAAGAAAAGAUUGAGUGUCAGAUUGAAGGUGCCUAGGCAGUAUUAUCAACGGCCAUCGCUUGUGGAUCCCGCCGCUGCAGGCAUCAGUGACAGUGUCACUGUUGUGGAUCCAACUGCGCCUCUCGAUCAGCCAAACGAAAGCCUGCCAUUGGAAGAUGGAUGUGUAUACGUCGGAUCUCUAAAAGUCCAAAUAAUAGAGAAUCUUUUGCGAUGCCCGGCUGAGGGCUGUUACAAGAACUUCAGGAAUGAUACGCUCCUGAAGAUGCACAUAAAGCAUUACCACAGGGAGUUGAGAAAAAUGUUAGGAGCAACACCUAAAGUGCUAGACCUGGCAUACGCAAGACAAAGACCUACUGAAAUGGAAUUAAACCGAAUGAGACACGAAGCUGUACAUAAAACAAUCCGAGUGAAACUGCCACGGCUCCCCAGAAGAUACACAGACCCAAAACCGGAACCAAAAGAAGCAGAAAUCAAACAAGAAUUACCAAUAAAAGCAGAAUUGCCAGAGAAAAUACCCAGAUCUCAAGACUCGCCGAAAUUGAGGUUGGCUUUGAAUAGACCAGUAAAGCGACCGAAGGUGUUGCUACCAGUUAGAAAACAGGAACCUGAAACACCAGAAAUGAAGGAUGAAACAGACGAAAAGAAGACUAUACCAUUGCAACCAAAGAUAGAAAUACCUGUUGUUGAACCAUUAGAUUUUGAAACUGCCAUCUCGACUCACACAGUGACGCGACCAGCAAGCGAGAAAAGGAAGAGUGACAAGAAAAGAAAAACAUUCGCAACAAUAUCGAAGAAGGCAAUGAGUGAGGAUGAAGAAUGGUUCACGAUGAACAACUCCGACGUAGAAACCAGAUCGAGCUAUCCCAGGUCGGGAACGCCUGAUUCGAAGACCACUGAACAGAAGCUCGUGUCUUCGGAAUAUAAUGAGGAACAAAAGGGUGCUAAUAACUAUUUGUAUACCGAAUCUGGCGAACGCAUAAAGAUAGUGCAUAUGAAACGGGAAGAGAUAAUAAACUGUCAUUGCGGAUUCCGCGAAGAGGACGGCCUUAUGGUGCAAUGCGAACUCUGCCUUUGUUGGCAGCAUGCACUUUGCCACAAUAUACAGAAGGAAUCUGAGGUUCCCGAGAAGUACACCUGCAGCAUCUGCCUAAACCCGCGGCGCGGGCGGCGUUCGCAGCGUUUCCUGCACGACCAGGACCGCAUGUACGAGGGGCUGCUGCCCGGCGCCCGGCCCUGCGACACGCUGCGGCGCUCGCACGAGCUCUCGGGCAAUCUGCUGAGGAUCGAAGACGCCUUGCACGCUCUCCGGGUCAAGUACUACGUGGCCACGAAAAAAGAUCAUCCCAAACUCUACCUCUGGGCCAAAGACUGGGAGACAGUAGAACUAGCGAUGACUCAAGAGAAACUCAAUUCGGACUACUCCGAUCUCAACAUUAUGAUCAGUAAUAUUGGCAAAGAGAACCUGCCAAUGAAAGAAGACGCACCUUUGGAUAUUAGAACUCCACCUUCGGAGGAACACGAGGAGAGGUUUUCGCAGAAGGAUAACCAUUUGGGAUCUCAAGCGUUGCUUAGUGGUCUCCUUUCAAGUCCUGGAGGAGCGUCUUUGGAUUUGCCUAUAAGUACUUCGGAGUUGGAGAGACUGGCGAAGACUGUUCAAGCGGAGGCGGAGGCUGCGCAGCGCGCGAUGGUGCCGCUGCCCGAGGCGGCCAUCGAGAACAGCGCGUGCCGCGAACGGCUGCUGCGGCACGUGCAGCGCUGCCAGGCGCUCAUCGACGCCCGCCUCGAUUCCAUAGAGGCGCAGGUCGCAGAGCUGGAAUCUCAAGAUCCGUCGUUCGAGGACGACGAGACAGCGGACUACUUCCCGCGCACCAAGCAGACCAUACAGAUGCUCAUGCGGGAUCUGGAGACGAUGGAGGAGCUUGGUGUUAUCACAUAAACUUACUC